CAGAAUGAAAGAUGCACCGCUGUUGACCUCGUAGUUCGCUAUCUGAGAAGAGAGCGAGAGAAGAUUCUCAUGACAACGAGCAGCAACUCUUGCAUGGCGGAGGGACGCAAGAUAGAUGUCUCGGGUGCGGAAGACACGUUACACUCUGAGAUGUGCAUAAAUCUUACGCUGAAUUCUUCUUUUCGAAGACAUUUCUGGGCGGGCAAAAGAAUCGACCGUGACGAUCGCGUGAUGGUACGAAAAAAAUCGAUCAGUUGAGGUGGUUUCGUUUUUAAACCUUGAAUCGAGUCAUUGUGACUCCAAAUGUUACAGCGUUCGCGCUUGAUUACUUUACUUGACUUGAACAAUUCUUUUCGAUGGUUCAAUCGUAAACCUUUGAAUGUGCAAUCUCUAAAAGCCUCGACCAUAUGUAGCUGUCGUCCUCGCAACCAAACGCUCACCAAAGCCAGCAGUUGGGAAAUAUGCUUCAUUUCAUAUCAUUUAAGCAACAUUUUGCGCGUGAACGACAAGCGCAAAAAUAGAUGGAGGUCGAUGUGGCAGCUCUCGACAUUGUUUUUAAGUGGGCGACUCAUUCGUCACGCAUGGUGGAACCCGAUCACGACCGUUUGAAGGAUCCAGAAUAUGUGGAGUGGUCACCUCUAGACUUGCUUAUGAGGGCUCCGACGGAAGAUGCAGUGGUGCUGGUCCUCUACAUCUGGAAAUCUUGAUAAAAUGUCUGCCGAAAGCGCUGGUUCACGUCUACGCAUUCACAAGUGAAGCAGAAAAGCCGGUUCGCUUGUUUCGCAACAACGCAGGAGCUUUGUGAAUUCAUAAAUGCUACGCUGGGCUUGAUGUCAACGAUGAAUCCAACUUCCAACCAGAUGACCUUCGACUUAGAGUGCCGACCUACGACCUGCCGGCACUCGUCGUUCAGGACGAUGAAAACAUCGAGCAGAAAACUUGACGUGAGAAAACCUGAAGCUGAAAGACCGAAGAACGAUAUCUUAUUUCCGCUUGUGCAUAUCGCUUCCAUUUGCUUUGCACAUGCAGUAGCGGACGAAUGGAUUGUAGCACACCUCUUGCGCUUUACGGUAGAUGGGAUGGACUCGCUUUACGUGUUGUGUUCCCUAUCCCAAUUUCUGGUUCCCUAUUUGAUACGUGAAGGAAUUCUGUUUUGAUUUUCCUGUCACCGUUUGGGUUUUUACAAAUCUCCAAGCUGCCUUUCGACGCUACCUUCAACCAUCCUCUUACCAAUCUAUUUCAGAACAAUACUUCAGUAGAAUUUUGUUAUCCAUACUACUGUUACUGAUCAAUCGAAUCAGAAAGCUUUAUUUAGUGCUACAGGUAUGCAGGGGCUUGUAUUUCUCAUUGUGAUAGGAAAGAAGCAGUCCAGUGACUCGGCUGCCACCUGUACUCAACUAGCUGGAGCAUGAUGUAAAAGCUUGAGAUAUAGCACAAGACAGAUUCACGAACUGAAACUUGAAUCCAAAAUGGCGUUUGGCAGUGGAGAAGGCAGAGCUCUCUCUAGUGCAUAUCUCGUAUCUGCCCACAUAUGGCGAAAACUACUCGAGAUAAAGAAAGUCGAACACCAGGAGUCGACACCAUUUUUCUCUCUCGAUCUCGAUUGAAGAACUUACCAGCUGUAUACUUCGGCAACAGCGUAGUUACUGCUGUAUCUUUUCAAAAUGUUGGUACUAAGGUUGGUUACGUUUUGUCGAAACCGCUGAUUAAUGCUGCCACAUUUAUUCACGAUGCAGUAUGGAGCGUGGAUGAAGAAUUGGUGAGAAGCAUGAUGAAUGGUGUGGUUCAGAAUCCUGGUUCCCGACCAGGAUAAGAGUGGAACAAGAUUCAAACUUCUUUUGGCUCUUGGCAAAACCGAUUUCCAUUCGAUGCGCUAGACUUCGGAUCGGGUAUUCCAACGAAUGUGCUUUAGAAAGUUGUCUUCAGGCUGUCUAAAUCACUUGGAGUGUUCUUCUUGCUCCCUACCAGUCCCUCGAAUAUCCAUGGCCAUCAUCGUACUGAUGGAAGCGGAUCCAACCCUUUUAAGUAUCUGUCGCAAUAAGCUGGAAACGCUAAAGGACUAGACCGUUACACUCCAAAUAAUCUUUUCUCCUUCAUGCCAUGAUGACUCUCUAUC